GGAGUGUGAAUGGAUUUGUCACAUGCCCAGUUUGUCAGCACCUUAACUGUGAGAAGAUAUGUGGCACUAAUGGGUACGGUACACUGGCAGAUUCAUCUAUCAUUGGGAGAUAAUCCAAGCUGACUUGGCCAAGGUUUGCUGUGAACACUUAAUGGACAAUGUCAACUGGCCUUACAGAAGAACAGAAAAGGAAGAUUGAGGAGAACAAGCAAAAGGCUUUGGCAAGGAGGGCAGAACGUCUGGCUGCUCAGCAGGGUGGCGUUGCUAAGAAGCAGCCUGAGCUGCAGAGUUUUCAUAGAUGUGAAGGAAACCUACAGCAGCCUUUGAAGAAGGAAAACCAUCACACAAGCCUCAGCAGCCAUCACCUCCAGCUCUCCGGCAACCAUGUUAGGCAGAGGAAUCCUCAAAUGUCACAUAAUCAUUGUACAUCAAACCAACAGGCCACCAUCUUACAUAGUGCCUGUGAGAUGGAUAGUUCAGGCAUAGGCAGAGAGUUGGGUAGCAUGAAACAGCCUUCACAAGUGGUACAAAACUCUCACUCCCUCUUGCAUUCAUCUGAUCUGAGUGCACAGAAACAAGGUCAGCCAGCCCAAUGUAAUUCUAAUCCUCUGCUGUCUAAAUUUUGCCCAGCAGUCCAAGAUCAGUCUAGACAAGAUGUUGAUUGGAACCUUCACAAUAUUAAAACCUUACAAACUGAAAACAAAUCUACCAGUGGCCAUGAUGGCAGUAAAUAUAUGCCACUGCAGGCCACCAGCAGCACUGCUUUGAAUGAUUGCAAAAUGCUAGCGAUUACUAGAAAUCUAACCUCUGAACUCUGCACCAAAAAAGAAGGUAGUAACACAUUGCAUUUUUAUGGUACAAAAAACGCUUCCAUUCCUACAAAAGUAGGAAAAGAACCAAAACUACUUGUUUCUGGAGGCAACCUAACUGACACUCCUAUACAGAGAAAAAAAUACAGUGUUCUCAGUGGGGCAUGCGUGAAGCACACCGAAGACCGAUUCCGGGUUGAGAUAGGAUACAAUGCGAAACUCAUUGAAAUGUUCCGAAGUUUACCAAGUAAAAAUUAUGAUCCUGUAACAAAGAUGUGGAAUUUCAGCCUUGAAGACUACAGCCAUCUCAUGGAAGAAGUAGAGCAACUUCCCUCUGUAACUUUGACACCCCUGGCAGAAAUGGAGACAACUACUGGGGCUACUAAAUCAUCUUCUGUUGGUAGAAGGUCUUCCUUGAGGUCCCUGUUGCAGACAUGCAUUGGCUGGCAGAAACCAUCAGCAACCGUCAGAGGAAAAUGUGUACUGAUCUCAUACAGUCGAUUUGAAGUAGAUAUUGGCUAUCAUGUCAACAUCAUAGCAGUAUUCAAGCAAUUGAAUUCUAGGAAUUAUGAUAUGAAGACCAGAAAAUGGAAUUUCCUGCUGGAGGACUACAUAGAGCUAAUUGAAAUGGUAAAGAACCUUCCAGAAGUGGAGCUUGAGCCCCUGCCCAAGUCAGUAGUACAGAUCUUUGCCUCUCAGUGUGAGAAGUCUGUCUCAAAACCUGCUGAUAUCCCUGAAGCAGACCUUUCAGAAGUAGAUUCUAAAGUUGUGACUAGUCUCAUGCCAUUUCAAAGAGAAGGUGUGAAUUUUGCCAUCUCCAGAGACGGGCGUUUGCUUCUUGCUGAUGACAUGGGCUUAGGGAAAACAAUCCAGGCAAUCUGCAUUGCUGCAUAUUACCGAAAAGAGUGGCCUCUGUUGGUAAUAACACCUUCUUCAGUGAGAUAUACAUGGGCAGAGGCUUUCCACAGGUGGCUUCCUUCCUUGAGCGCAGAUACUGUCAGUGUCAUAGCAACGGGCAAGGACUGCCUGAUGGCAAGAUUGAUAAACAUUGUCAGUUUUGACCUUCUCAGCAAGAUGGAGAAGCAGCUCAAAACCACCUUCCAAGUUGUGAUUGUUGAUGAAUCACAUUUUCUUAAGAAUGGGAAAACUGCGAGAUGCCGGGCUGCAAUGCCUCUCUUAAAAGCUGCCAAACGAGUGAUCUUGCUAUCAGGAACUCCUGCCAUGUCACGCCCGGCUGAGCUGUAUACACAGAUGGCAGCUGUCAGGCCAUCCUUCUUCUCUCAAUUCCAUGCCUUUGGGCUCCGCUACUGUGAUGCUAAGCAGCGGCCUUGGGGAUGGGAUUAUUCUGGAUCAUCCAAUCUUGGAGAGCUGAAACUUCUUCUGGAAGAGUCUAUCAUGAUCCGCCGACUGAAAUCCAAUGUACUUUCCCAACUCCCUGCAAAGCAGCGCAAAGUGGUUGUGGUGGCUCCUGAAGGCAUUAAUGCAAGAACAAAGGCUGAGCUGGCAGCAGCUGCAAAGGAAAUGGCAAAGGGUCACAAAAAUAAACAAGAAGAGAAAGAAGCUCUUAUUCUCUUUUACAACAGGACUGCACAAGCCAAAAUCCACUGUAUCAUAGAAUAUAUCCUAGACUUACUGGAAAGUGGAAGAGAGAAAUUUUUGGUAUUUGCUCACCACAAACUGGUUUUGGAUGCUGUCACUGAGGAGCUGGAGAAAAAGCACAUUGGGUACAUUCGUGUUGAUGGUUCCACACCCUCAGCUGAGCGUCAGUCUCUCUGCCAGGAUUUUCAGUUCUCUGAGAAGCUUUCUGUGGCUGUUCUCUCCUUAACAGCUGCUAACAUGGGGCUUACUCUCUCAUCUGCUGAUUUGGUUGUGUUUGCAGAAUUAUUCUGGAAUCCUGGGGUUUUGAUUCAAGCAGAAGAUCGGGCACACCGAAUUGGGCAAACGAGUUCUGUGAGCAUCCACUAUUUAGUAGCAAAAGGCACAGCUGAUGAUUAUUUAUGGCCCAUGAUUCAAGAAAAGAUCAAAGUUCUAGGUGAAGCUGGACUUUCUGAAGCCAAGUUCUCUGAAACAUCUGAAGCCAAAGAUUACUACUUCUACAAGGACCCAAAGCAGCAGACUAUCAUAAACCUUUUCCAGAGAACUUUCUCAAGUGAUGCAGAUGAUUUUGAUGAAGCCCUGCUUGUGGAAGCAGUGGAUGCAUGUGAAGUUGCUGGACAGCAAGUGGCAUCAAGUGAAACAGAAAGAAACUUCUUUCCAGCAAGCCCAUGCAAGAAACGGCGUAUUGAUGACUUUUUUUGCAGGCAGUAAUGUCACAGAAAAUUAUGCUUACUUUUUAUUUUGUAAGAUAGUAUUUAAUGGGAACGAAUCAGUGAAUAUUUGGGUCAAAUAAAACUAGUAUCAUUUUUUGGCAUGGA